AUGGCUCAACUCAACGAGACUUCCUCAGAUGACGAUGAAGAAUAUGAGGACAGCGGCAUGGGACUGGGAUUUAUCUUUGGAAACGUUGAUAACUCUGGGGACUUGGAUGCUGAUUACCUUGAUGAGGACGCCAAAGAACAUCUUUCUGCAUUGGCUUCGUCUCUGCCAGAUAUAAUUUCGUUGGCAAAUUCAGAAAAUACAACAAGUGAUCCAGCUGAGCAAGGUGAUGUUGUCCGCCAGGAUUAUGAUAGAAAAGCAGAGGAUGCUGUUGAUUGUGAGGAUAUCGAUGAAGAAUAUGACGAGGACUAUGAUGAGUCAGAAGUUCAAGUAGUUAGUGAGGAAGAUCAUGUACUGCCAAAAAGAGAGUACUUUUCGGCUGCAGUUGCUUUGAGUAGUUUAAAUUCGAAAGCUUUUGUGUUUGACGAUGACGAUUAUGAUGAGGAAGAAGAACAAGAGGAGCACACUCCAGUUGAAAAAGCUUUUGAUUCUGAAGAGAGGGAACCAGUUUUCUUAAAGGAGGACAAGACCUUGGAGUAUGAAAAGAAGGGAACCAUCUUGGAAAAUGAGGCUCAGAUGGACACAGAAGAUGUCCGGGAGGGGGAGGUGGAUGAGUUAUUGGAAGGUAGUUUAAAUGAGAAAAGAGCUACGUCACUCCCUACUUUGUAUGUGGAAGAUGGUAUGGUUAUCUUACAAUUCUCUGAAAUAUUUGCUAUUCAUGAGCCACCUCGGAAACGAUCCAAGAGAGAAAAUAGAUAUAUCACUUAUAGAGUAUUUCGUGUUCAAGUCUAA